AUGUUAACGGGUACACUUAUCAUAUCUGAUAUUUUUACACAACCAAAAUAUUCAGCCAGAAUACGUUGUUGUAAAGUAUGUGGUGAUACAGCAUCUAUUAUCAAUUAUGGCGCACUUUCAUGUCAAUCAUGUAAAACAUUCUUUCGUCGAAAUGGUCUUCAAUCUCAAAAUCGUCGUUUAUGUUUUUUCAAUCGUACAUGUGAAAUCAAUGUAGAUACACGACGAAAAUGUACAGAUUGCCGUUUAGCGAAAUGCCGAUUAGUAGGUAUGAGUUCAGAUUUAAUUCGGAAAGAAGAAAAACAAGAAAAAAAAUAUCCAUCAACAGUAUCUAAAUCCAGUAUCAGUAACGACACAGUAGUUAAACAAGAAAUGACUGUACCACAACUUUGGUCAUGUAACCUAUUAUAUGAUGAUCGAUCUAUGCUUGAUAAUUCUGAGGAAAAAUUACUGACAAAUAUUAUAAAUGCCAUUGAUAUAUAUAGUGCAUUACCACAAGUUCAUUAUGUUAUUCAGAAUUUAUAUUCAUCAUCUUCUAUUAUUCAUUUCAAGGAGAUGAAUACUCUUCAAAUCAUUAUCCUCAGUUACAUAUCAAUGAGAUCUUUCAUCAACGCUACACCUGAUUUUCGAAUAUUAACUAUCAAUGAACAAUGUUCACUUAUCGAACGUAAUUUAAAUGGUAUUGCAGUUCUCUAUUCUACUUUUAUGUUUCGUGAUGCUCGUAUUAUUAGCAAUUAUCAUUAUAUGAACGACUUUACAUCAAUCUAUGGAUUAGAAAUAGUACAACAAACAAUACACAUUACUAAACAACUUGAAAAUGACUCAACUAUUAUCAAACUGAUGUUGAUCGUACUUGCCUUCUCAUCAAAUUGUUCAAUUGUUGAUUUUCAUCAAGAUGUACUUAAUGAUAGUUUAUUAUAUGGUACACAUCGUCUUUUAGGAAGUCAGAAUGUAUAUGCAGAACUUUUAUGGAAAUAUAUGAUUUGUCAAUAUGGUUAUUAUACCUCAGCACUACGUUUUGCUCGACUUAUUCAACUUGUUCUUGAGUUGAUCAAAUAUUCGGCAAAUAUAUAUAUAAAUAAUCGCACUCAUCAUAAUUUAGUUGAUGAUUUUAUUCAGAAAACAAAAGAAUUACUUAUUAUGAAUCAGAAUGAACAAGUUCCAUUGUGGGGAAAGAAUUAG